UUAAGAAUUUUGUUUUGAUUUAAGAAUUAAAAAAAUAUCUACUAAUAGAAUUGCCUGAUGAUAAUAAGUUUAAUCUAACCAGAUCUAACUGGUGUGUUUGUCCCCUUUAUUCACAAUAAAAGACUAAAUGCAAGAAAUGGAAGGUGAUACUGAUAGCCAGUAAUGUAAUAGCUGUGGUUGUUGCUACUUCUGUGGCUGCUAAUGGUGAUGGUGAUGUUUUGUAAUGUUGAUGGGAAUGACAUUGACUAGCUGUAGCUAAACUCUUUAUAAUCUCUCUCCACUAUUGCUUUACUUUGCAGUUUUAAAAUAUUUAGCUGCUGUUUAUAUUUUCUAAUCACAUGUAUUUACCUAGUUGUAUUUACCCUGUUGUGACAUACAGAAAAAGAGCUAUGCUUGUGCUGUCCCAUCUCCAUAUCUAUUUUUAUCUGACUGUCUUAAAUUCAUUUAUCGUAUUUGCAUCAAUGACUUCUCUGUCCAAAUCAUUCCAGACCUCCACGGUUUUAUGUGGGAAGCUAUUUUUCUUAACAUUUCUUCUACAGUUUUUUUUUUUUUUUUUUUCCCCUCCAGUUUUCUGUGUAUCCCCUUGAGCCUCUUGUAUCCCACGUCACCAAGUCAUUCCUAUCCAAGUUUUCUGUUUCAAUUAUCACUAUAUUGUAUGAUCAAAUCACCUCUCUCUUUUCUCUGUUCAAAUGUUAUAAGACUCCGUUUUGACAGUUUUUCUUCAGAUGAUAGAUCCCUCAAACUUGGAGGUAACUUUGUUGCUGCUCCUUGUAUCCCUUCCUAUUUUCUUAUAGAUUUCUUGAUGCCAGGUGAUCACACCACAGCUGCAUACUUCAAUCUUGGGCAUAUCAUGGUCACAAUCAAUUUUUUUUGAUAAUUUCAUCCAGAUGUGUAAAUGCUGUCCUUAUGUUUCUCAGUAGGUUAUAUGUUUCACCUCUAAUCUUGUUUAUGUGUUUCUCUGGUGACAGCUUAUCAGUAAUAAUUACACCAAGGUCUCUCUUCUGUUCUUUUGCUAGUUCUUUCAUUCCCAAUGAAUAAUCUCUAAUCUUUCUUUUGCCACUCUUGCCAAAUUCUGUUGCACUGCAUUUCUUUGCAUUAAAUUCCAUCUGCCACUUUUGGCUCCACUACCAGAUCUUGAUUAGGUCCUGUUGAAGUGCUGUGCAAUCUUCUUUUCUAUUUUUCUCGAUAAUUUUGUAUGAUGUAUAUGUGCAUGUGUAUGGCACUGAAUGUAAGGAAUGUGUUCAGAUCAGUGAUAAGGUUUAUUAGUAAGAAUGGGUUACAGUACUACAGCUGCUUUGCGCGAUGGCAGUACUGUAAUCAGCAGUUUGGGCUUUUGCCAUGUAGAGCCAAACUGUGUGUAUUGGGAAGUGCAAGAUGAGAAAGCAAUCAGGUCCACUAAUUCUUGCCUGCAUGUUGUGUGAACUGUUAGUAAUUCAAUUAGUUUAAUCCAAUUAGUAACAUGCUGCAUUACAUCCAGUGGUGCUAGGCUUUUAUUGGUUUUCUUUCUAACAAUCUCAGAUCCCACCUUUCCCUGAGAUACAGCAUGGUAGGUUUAAGUCACUUGUUGCUGGCUGUUACUUUAGAGUAAGAGUGGCAGAGAAGGGUGGUUGAAUGAAUACUGUGGAAGGGCAGCUGGGAGCAAGAGUUAUGUUCUACCUGUGUUGUUAGUUUAGAGCAGGACAGGAUUAACAUCUCCCCUGGCAAAUGUUCUUGGCCCCUUAAGGAUGUGCCAUGGAAGGUAGAAUGGUCAUGACAUAAUGAGGUGGGGGGAAGUCUGGCUGCAUCCUCUUGUCCAGAUGAUCCUUUGUGUCAUGACUGAGACAACGACUAGGCAGUGUACUCCCAUUUAGCCCAUGUGUCCACAGGCCCAGGGUGAGGGCAUCUUAUGCAGGUGCAGUGGCUAGCCCAGCCCACAUAGCCAAAGGGUGUAUAUAAGCCUGACCAGUUGCGCUUACAGUUUGUGCCCAUGUCUCACAAUGGAGUGACUCUUUUUCAAGAUGCACAACAUCACCACCUUAGGUACCAGCCCACUAUUGGCUGCACCUUAGUUCACAUGGUUGCAUGAGCCUCACCACUAAUCACAAUGUCAUCAACAGUGCUGGCAUCUCACUGCAGUACCUCAGGCAAAAAUUCUUAGGUCACUUGGUUGCAUGGGGAGGCUAUUGCCCAGCCGCACAUUGGUUCAGAGAUGUUUGGGUCUAGGUUGGACCUGUUUUCAAGGCCAGUCAGCCAGUUUUCAAGGGAGAUUACUCCAUGUUCACACUCUGAUUCUUACAUGUUAGCCCCCAAUCCUUGGCACCCACUCAGAGGUGGCUCAACCCUCUCCUCAAUUAGCCACCUUUGCUGUUGCUGUGCCUUCUAUACCUACCCCGAAUAUGGGCAUGUCAUCUUUGUUGCCACUUAACUUUAACUUACCAAUUGACUUCUCUAAAGAUGAUGAGACUCAAUCUGCCAACCACCCAGGGGAGCCAGAUACCUCCACUCCAGACUUCCAUGAGAUGGUGGAAUUUGUUGUCUCCUGUUUCCCAGAAGCAGAAGAGCAAUGUGUGGAGUCAGUUCAGGCAGACACACCAGGUACACUUAGACAACAAGAGAUUUUCCAUGCUCCUAGUUCACACAAGUGAGACCAAUGGUUUACUUCGUUGAAGCAGCCUGCCAGAUACCCAUCUUGUCGAUACCUCCUGCACGUAUGCAGUGAGCAGCCUUAAAGAAGUAGGUAAGGCCGCUAAGCUAAACCCUGUCUUACCCCUCUCCCUUACCACUAAGGGAAGAGAACCCCAGGUUUUGCCCAGCAGGCAGAGGAUGAGGGAGGCACAGAAUUUUUCUUUUUGGACCCUGGUAGCCUUUUACUGACUUUUACAGUCCACGAUGCCACCUCCUGAUACUAUAGCCAUGGCAGAUCAACUCUUCAAGAGUCUCCAAAUAGCCAUGGUGGAUCAGGUAAAGGAUUCAGCCUUUGCUUUAGUGAGUGUGAAGGCAUUAUGCAGGGAGUCUUACCUCUUGUAUCUCCCUCCAUCCUUUAAGAGGUUCUCCUUAGACAGUCCUCCAUAGAUUCUGGUCUUCUCUUUGAUGAGGAUAGAAUCAAAGAAGCCUUGAACAGGGCAGAUAAAGCUACUUCUUUGACCUUCCAGCAAGCAGCAGCCAAGGCUCUCACUAAACCACGCCCUAUUCCAGGUAGAGCUUUGGUGGAGUGCAAUCCCAAGCCCUCCACCUCAGGAAACCCUUUCUCCUGGCAACAACAACUGGCUCCUUCUCCACACAAGUCUUGAGGUGGACCAGGUGUCUCUUCCACUUUUAAAAGGGGAAAGAAAAUUUUUUUUUUGGAAGUGAAUCCCCUAUCUCCACUCACAAAGGUGGCAGGUAGCCUUGCUUGAAACUGUGGUGAGUGGAAGGCCACAGGAGCAGAGGAUUGGGUACUUGCUAUACUGGAGCACAGUUGCUGAAUCCCUUUCAUCACAUGUCCACCCCUGCGGGCCGACCCAGUGGAUUUUGGGACUUGCUCACCAGAUUCUGAGAAAGGAAAAAGCCUUGGACACAGAAAUAUGACUGCUCAUAGACAGAGUAGUGGAGAAUGCUCUCCCUCCACCAGGAUUCUUCAGAUGUGUCUCUGUGCCUACCAAGGCUACAGGGGGCUUUCACCCAGUCAGACCUCUCAGUCCUUAACAAGUAUGUCUUCAAGACCAGAUUCAGGAUGGAGACAGUGAGGACAGUUCUUGCAAUAAUACACAAGAAUAACUGGAUGGUGUUGGUAAAUCUAAAAGAUGCCAACUUUCAAGUGCUUGUCCAUCAGGAAAGCCUCAAGGUUGCUAUGUUUUUCUUCCUCAAUGAGACUAUAGAAAGGGCUCAAGAGUCUCUAUCUGAGGACCUCUUUCCACUUCUCCAGGUAAGGGCCCACAACAUCUGUGGUAUCACCACCUCCUUUCUCUUAUGGAAAAAUAAAUCAGUUUCUAUUAUUUUGGAUGUGGCUUGCUGGAAGACACCUUCAGUCUUUGCUGAUCACUACCUGAAGGACUUCCAAAGAAUGGAGGAGGACUUUGCUGCUCAGGGCCCAAUUGUAGCAGCUGGUCACGAUGUGUCUUAAGGUCCUCCUUCAGGGUUCAAUGACACUCUCCCCAGAACAAGGUACAUUGUAGACAUUCAAUGUGAGGUCCAAGUGGCACUAUCACUCCCCACUACCUCAUCACUUUCAGGACUCUCCUACUCAAGUGAGUUGGUUGCCGACUCUUAAUAAUGUGGACUCUCAUCCUCUUAUUUUCUUUCCAUGACAUCAUCCCUCCUCCUUAAAUCUGAAAAUCUGCUAAGUAGAAGAAACAGGUAUUAUGUGAAACAAAUCACCUUUUUAAUCCUAAAAGGGAUUUUUCACUUACAUGUUUCUUCUAUGCAAACUGUCCCCCAACCUCACCUCUUCAUGGUGGUUGUCAGCAAGGAAUGAGGGUAUGUGGGUCAUCAGGGUUGCCAUAGCAAUACUGACCAUAGUUUUCUAAUGGAAUUAAACUUAAAUGUGGGAGGGAUGAGUUGGAUGAUACUGGGGAACAUGUAAUGCCAAGUAGAAGAAACAGGUAAGUGAAAAAAUUCCUUUUAGGAUUAAAAAGGUGAUGUUGCUUAAAAAUAUGAAAAUAUGAUAAUGAUAUUAAUGGAUGAUUGGCUGGUAAAGAAGACAGUAAAAUCAAGUGUGAGCAGUGUGAGAUAGGCCAUGUAAGGGAUGGAUAUAUAGUAAGAAGAUCUUAAAGGGAAGAGGACUGACAUUGGAGCAUAGUAGAGUGAUUGUGUGUGACAGAAGCAGAUGGAGAGCAGUUGUGAGUGCAAGAGGAAUGACAUUGCCCUGCAAACUACAAAGGAGGUGCCACACAUCGAUAAUCUCACACAGGUGUGGAGCAAUUGGGUGUGGUAGGGGAGGGUACUAGCUAUGAAGGAGCCUUGUUUUGGACCAAACUUUCCAAGCUGUACUGCUAAUCACUGUAAAGUGAGGGCCUGAGAACUUUCUCUUCUCUCCUAGGGACCAAGGGGUGAAGAGAGUGGUGUGAAUGAGUGUGAAUUUGAAAGUUAUGUGCCUUGUUUUGGCUGUUCCUCUUUCUAGGAGAGACAGCUGUAGUAUGUGCUCGUAUUUAUAUUAAUGAAGAAAUCCUUGGAGUUGAAAAUGUUGGUGAUGCAGUCAAGGUGAUGUUCAUCAUGAAGGGACUGCCAGGCUCUGGAAAAACCUUCAUCGGUGAAGUCAUCCAGGAAGUAUAUAAGGAUACGUGUGUAUGCUCUGCUGAUCACUAUUUCAUGCAGGAUGGUGUAUAUGAGUUUGACAGAGAAAAACUGAAGGAGGCUCAUGAAUACUGUCAGCAGCAAGCAGCCAGUGCAGCAGAGCAGAGCAUUCAUGUCAUUGUGAUAGACAACACCAACCUGAAGCACUGGGAGAUGAAGUUUUAUUUGAAUUUAGCAAGGACUCACUUGUAUAUUCCUGUGGUGGUGGAGCCGCAGACCACUUGGGCAGUGCAUCCUGCUGAACUUGCUGUGAAAAAUAUCCAUAAUAUCCCAGAGGAAAUAUUAUCAGACAAGAUCAAAGCAUACCAGCCGGUACUACCCAUAUAUUAUGGAUGGUUUCUGAAUGAAGUAGACUCAGAAGAGAUUUGCUCAAUUGGCUGGUCAUGGUUUCAAAAAGCUCUAGGAGUACAGGACUUUGUGGAACACUUUUCACAAGCUUUCCAGGCUGACUCCAAUGAGGAUCUUCACAGCUUCUUUGCUCAAGACAUAGUUGCUGACAGACGCCGUGUGCUUCAUGCAACUUCAAAGUUCACAGCGAGGGGAAAAAGUAUGGGUGCUAAUGAAUAUAUUAACAGUCCAGUUGUGAAACAAUCUUUGGGCAAGGGGUUUAGAUUGUGUGUAGUAGGUUUUGUAAUUACUACAAGAACUAUAGGAGCAAGACUCAAACUGACCAAGGAGCAGUUGGAAUUAUGGUCUAGUGAUGAUCAUGAAGAUCCUCCUGUGACUCUGUUGAAUUCUGGGGUUUUGAAAAAGCACCAGUUCAGUCAUUCUAAUUCAGAUAGGAGCAAGGAAAAAUUUAGAUUUUCAAAGUACAAGAACACCUCUGUUUGUCUCCCAAGUGUGACUGAGAGAGAAAUUUUCUGUGAUGAGGACAGGUUUUACCCAACAUCAGGAAAAGGAAGUCGUGCUCAUCUCACCCUUGCUUGUGCCCCCGGGAUCAAACCAGUCACUACAGGCUUUGAUCUUAUUCUUGCUGUGAGGUGUGAACAACGAAUGCGUAAAGGUGAAAACCAAAAAGCUGAAACUUAUGUAAUUGAUGGAGGUAUAUUGAUGAAUUAUGGUGAAGGAAUUUGGGUUGUGUAUCCAAAUUCUGAAAUGUUAGUAUCCUCCUUAUUUUCAGCAUUUGUCUAGAAUACUGUGUGUAAGCAAAAUUGUUUUGGUGAUUUUCAGAGUUCAUAAAGUAGAGUCAGUGAAUCAGUGGGGUUUUUAGCCAUGAUUUAUAAUUGUGCUAUGUUUUAAGGAGAGUAGUAAGUAAAUUAAUAAAUUUUGAUGUUAUGAUCAUGGAAAAUGAGAUUUUUAAAGUUAGAAUUUAAAUUCUCAAAUAAUAUCAAAUGUAUUCAUGCAGUAUAUGUUAACACACCAUUGUCUUUGUACAAACUAGGGGUAUUAUAUGGUGGCCCUCAUAGUUCAGUACAAACUAGGGGGUAUUAUAUGGUAGCCAUUACAGGGUUGCCAUUAUUAGUAUGUUUUCAUAAUUUGAAAUACAUUAAUAUAGUAUUAAAACUGCUUUUUCUCUGAAAUGUAGUACAAUAGAAGAUCUGGGUAAUGAUGGACAGGGAACCAUAGCUCAGGUACCCCUCAGAAUUAACUAGUUUCUCACAUAUGGAUGGGAGGUCCAGUGAGGGGUGCUUUGUAGGCAAAAGGGACCUACACUUACUGAAAAACAGUAAUUCACUUCCUUCUUGAAUAUAUCAAUCUCUACCCUUAGUGUCACCACAUCUUCAAAUGCCACUCCAUGCAUAUCUUGGAUGCAUUUCUAAGCCAUCCCCAGUAUGCUUAAGUCUUUGAAGGGACAGAAUGCCUUUCACAAACAGACACAUAAAAGUGUGGAAUGGAUUGCCUAUAGAGUUGGGAAAAAACAGGGUCUAAGAAAACUCAAUCUUUUUUGUUUAUUCAUUUAUUUAUUUUUUUUUUUUGCUAUUCCUGAUAUUUUUAUGUAAAUUAGUUAAAAUAAGUUAUUAAAAAGUAAUAUGGAGUGAAGCAAGAUUUUGAAGUUUUGUGUGAAGUACAAAUGCUUGUUUAAGACUUAUUGAUACAUGCUGGUCCAGUUAGACAAUUUGUGUUAUGUACUGAACAAUUAAAGUACAGGUGAGGCUUGACUACUGCUGACAGACUGACAGUCUCAGUUUUUCUGUGAUUGUGAAAGGACAACUCCACAAAAUAUGAACAAUAAAAGUACAGGUGAGGUUUGACAACUGCUGACUGACUGACAGUCUCACUUUCUCUGUGAUUGUGAAAGGACAACUCCACAAAAUGUCUCCUAGGAAUGGAAGAAAUAAGGCACCACAAUGGGAUGAAGUUGCUGUAUUAUCAGAGUACAAGUGCAUGAGACAAAGUUUUGCUUGUGAUUAAAAGCAACUGUGAUUUUUUUUAAGAGGUGUUAAUGGGUUUUAAGAUUUUGAUGUGUAGUACAUGUAACCCAACUACAGUAAAUUCUCUUUAACUCUUAUACUUA